CUGGGGUGGAAUCUGUCAAGCCUUGAGAGAAGUCUGUGUCUGCCGUGCUGGGCUGUCAGAGCCAACCUGCUCUCUCCAGGAGGUGAUGGGGAUCCCCUCAUUCCUAGCCCUCCCUGCUGCCAGGAGUGACCGAGCUGACUGCACAUCCUGCCAUCCUUUGGGCCACAUGCUACUGUGGACGGCUCUGCUAUUCCUGGCUCCUGUUGCUGGGAAACCUGCAGGUCUCCCGAAGGCUGUGGUGAACAUUCAACCUGCGUGGAUCAAUGUGCUCAAGGAGGAUGACGUGACGCUGAUGUGUCAGGGGACCAACUUGUAUGAAGGCAACCUCACCCUGUGGUUCCAUAAUGGGAGCUCCAUCCAGAGCCAGAACCAGCCCAGCUAUAGCUUUAAGGCCAGCAGCAAUGACAGCGGAGACUACAGGUGUCAGAGAGAGCAGACCAGCCUCAGCGACCCUGUGCAUCUGGAUGUGAUUUCCGACUGGCUGCUGCUCCAGACCCCUAGCCUCGUGUUCCAGGAAGGGGAGCCCAUCGUGCUGAGGUGCCACAGCUGGAAAAACAGCCCUCUGAAUAAGGUCGUAUUCUUCCAGAAUGGAAAAUCCAAGACGUUUUCCUAUCUGCGUUCCAACUUCUCUAUCCCACAAGCAAACCUCAGUCACAGUGGCGAGUACCACUGCACGGGAUUUAUCGGGCGGGCACUGCACUCAUCACAGCCUGUGACCAUCACUGUCCAAGGGUCCAGCUUGAGCAACUCCUUGUCGGUGACGAUAGCGGUGGCUGUAGUCGCUUGGAUUGCUGCAGUGGCUAUUGCUGGUGCCAUAGUAGCCUGGUUCUGCCUCAGGCGAAAGCAGAUUUCAGCUCUCCCAGGAACCCCUGAGCACAGGGAAAUGGGAGAGACCCUCCCUGAGGAACCAGCCAAUCUCACUGAUGCUGAAGAGGCUGCCAAAAUUGAGGCUGAGAAUACAGUCACCUAUUCACUUCUCUCGUAUCCGGAAGUUGCAGAGGAAGAAACAGAGUCGUCGGAUUACCAGAACCACAUUUAGUUUUCAUUGUCUUGCCUGGGACUUGGGGAAGAGAAUCAGAGAGGCCAAGAUCUGGUGUCUUCUGUCCUGAAUUCCUCUUAAGGAGGAGAAGAGGCUGCUGCAGUUCUAAAGGAGAAUGACUCUUCCAGAGUUAUCUAUGUGAAUCCUGAAGCUCCCUGUUUUGAAAGCCACAGACGAUAUGGUCUCAGCUAACUGACUGCUGAUUUCUUCUGUGCUUCAGCACUUCUCGCCAUCAGGACUCUUCUGUUAUACAUCCACAAAGCCAGUGAAAAUUACCUUUAUUAAGAGAUUGUAGAAACAUGGGAAAUGCUUAUGUUACAGGUUACACGAGAAAAAUUAGAUAAGUAUGUAUGAUUUCAAAAAUGUUGAGAUAGACUAACAUAUGCCAAUAUAUUAAAAGUGAUUGUUUCAGGGUGGUGGAAUUAUUGGUGAUUUUCAUUUCCUCUGUUAAUUUUUCUGUACAGAUCAUGUAUUACUUUUAUAAUAAAAUACUACAGUAACAGCAUUACCUUUUAAACGCU